GCGAAAGUUUGAAGAAGCGGAUCCUCUCAAGCAGCUCAGUGAGCACCAUGGCCUCUGAGGCCGAGGAGAUGCGUCCCACCAAGGUGGGCAACAUGUCCAAAGCUCGCUCCUCGGGGUCGGUCUGCUCCAUGUGCCCCUCUGAGAUGCUCCUGGAAGAAGGCCAGAUUGCGCCCAUUAUGGAGGAGUCCGGGUGUCCCACCGUAGCCUCGGCCAAGGAUGGGACGAAGGUGGAGUUUACUCACAACCAAGUGCCGAAAAAUGUGAAUCUGGCGGCUGAGUUCUCCAAGAAGGGCUUGGAGAGCCCACCCACCACCAUGAUGAUUCGAAAUAUCCCCAACCGCUACACCCAGCGCGAGUUCAUCAAGGAGGUUGAUGAUCUGGGCUUUGCGGCCACCUACGACUUUCUGUACUUGCCCAUCGACAAGGGCACACUGUGCAAUGUGGGCUAUGCCUUCGUGAACUUCUUGGAACCCAGCGACGCGCAGCGCUGCUCGGAGGUUUUUUACAACUACGUCUUCCAGCGCUACCGCAAGGCACGAGGAAAGAUUUGCGCAGUGUCCAUUGCGCACUUGCAGGGAUUGGAAGCGAAUCUGCAACAUUACCAGAACUCCGCGGUGAACUUGGCGCCUCGCAUCAAACAACGAGGUCCCUUGAUCAUUCCACGCGGCACUAUCGCAAGCACCAUUUGCUGAUCGAUUUACCGUCUUUUGCUGCAGCGUACAGGGUGUCUUAGCCGCCAAGGCUGCGGGAAAUGGCAAUUCGCAACGUGUAAAGAGAGGCAUAGGCGAACACCAUGGAAAUGAUGGCGUGAUGACUUUGUCUGGCCCAAGUUGGCCCACAGUUUUUCAAAGGCCCAAUCUCCAGUUGUGUCUCAAGCGUGUUGCAACA